AUGAGAAGCAUUACUGGUAUGUCAGCACCCAUGAUGUGGCUUACUGGUCCUGCAUUUUCUGAUCUGGAUGUGAGCAAAGGUUUAGUGGCCGAAAGUAUAUUUUCGUCAAUGGACGGGAAAGAUUCUUCAACCUGCAUACAAGAAGCUAGGGAUUCUUCAACAAAGAAGGGUCUUUCUCCAUUUCGGCAUAUUGUUCUUCCCAAAUUGGGAGCCUCUGAAAGUCGUUGUAUGGUGUUAGAAGGUCCUUCUAGUGCUCGUAAUGGAGACAUUUCAAUGGAUCUUGGUGACACCUUUGAGCUUCCAGCGAUCAUUAUAUUUGAUAAAUCCACUGAUGAUGCAUCACGUUCUACAAGUGUUGAGAUAAGAAGGCAGAAGAGAGGUGAUAUUUUCUUCCUAAAAGGUGAAGAAAAUAAUAAGAACUUUGUAUCAUUGGUUCUGCGGAUAGCUGAUCAAGGAGGUCAUGACACUAUUGUCUCAAUUUCAAGCGAAAUGGUUGAGCAACUUGAGCUUGCUGAUCAGAAUGUUAAAUUCAUAGCUGAGUUAAUAGAUUUGUUAUUGAUGAAUCUGAUUGCUGAUUGGAAACCCUGUGUAGCAUUUGAUCACUUGGUUUCUCUUAUUAAUAAACAAACUCGUGUGAGCCAACAAGGAGAAUUGGAGUUAGCAAAAUGCACAGGCAGCUCAAAAAAUUCGACUGAAGAUUUAGGUCCCUCUACCUCCUUUGCAAUAUUAGCUAUAAAAGGAAACCUUGAUAAUAUCGAUAUCGAUGGGGCUUUAUGUGAUGAGUGCAAUGGUCUUCAGAAAGCAACCAAGGCAGAUGAUCAUAGCUCUGAGAAGUCGUAUGCAUCUGCAACAACUGACUUCAAUGAUAAUAAGUUUUCCACGGUUUCAUUUAUGUCUGCUAAAUCAGAAUUUGAUGGAGGGAGUAAAUCUUCACCUGCAUCUGAAAUUGAGGCAUCUUUUGAUCGUAAGAGCAAGUAUCAGUUCAGGUUUCUCUGA